AUGCCAGAAGAAUCUGAAUAUUCAAAUGAAUGUAAUGAAAUGGAAAUUAAAACACCACCAGAAACAAUGAUCAAAAUUUCAACAAAACAUGAUUGUCCACUACCAUGGUCAGUUGAAAUUAAGAAUAAACAAUAUCAACCUGUGAAGCCACUACCACUAUCAUCAUCAUCAUCAUUGUUGAAUGAAAAUCGACGGACAUUUAUUCAGGAUCUAUUAUAUGAACAACAAAAGAAGCCACAAAAUGGUAGUAGUGGCCAUCAUCAAAAUUUUUUUGUUCAAAAUAAUAAUUCAAAGUUAUCAAAUGCAUUGGACCAUUACAAUAAAGACAACGAUAACAACAUUGAUCAACAACACAAUGAAUCUGGCCAUCCCAAAGAAAAUGGUUGUAAUAGUUGUCAACAAACAUUUGAUCGCUAUCAAUCAAUACGAUUGCCCACCGUUUUACAUUCAACAAAGAUUAUUUUGUGUGAUAAAUAUAGUAAACAUUUUAUAACCAUUCCUUGUAUAUUAACGACAACUAUUGAAAACGAUAACUAUCUGGAAAAAAUGGUAGAUGAAAAAUCCGUUACACGUGUAUUGAAUGGUAAUAAUAUUACCAAUGGUGGUGGUGGUGGACAUUAUCAUCGUAAUGGAACCAAUAUAAAUAGUAAUGGUAAAAUUACCUUUCAACGAUCACAUUAUACAAAUGGUGGUAUGUCAUCAUCAUAUUAUUAUUCUUCAAAUGAUUCGAAUACAAAUAGCAGUAGUAGUAGUAGUGGACAAAGUAUCGAUUGGUCAUUAGAUACAGAUGGUGAUAGUAGUAAUAGUAGUAGUGGUGAUUAUGAAUAUGGACCAGGAAUUGUACAUCGUUUACGUCAUAAAUUUAUGACAUUAUCAAAUCAAAAACAACAGCAACAAAAACCGAAUCGAUUGCAGAAAAAAUGUCUUUCAAGUAUUAAUGUAUCGACAUUAAUAAAACGUUGUUCAAGUUUAGAAGAGUUAACAUUUGAACAAUUUAAACAACAAAUACAAAAACAACAACAACAACAACAAUCAAUGAUUAAAACAACGGACAAUAAACAACAACCACAAAAACAACUAGAGUCAAUAACCGCCGUGAAUAAACGUUUAAUUAAUAAUAAUAAUAAUAAUAAUCAUCAUCAAAUGGUGAAUGGUACGAAGAAAAAGCUAUUAUUUAUUCAACAACAACAGCAGCAGCAACAACAACAACAGGUGUCGACGACCAAUGGACAUUAUCAUCAGAAACCACAACAAUCAAAUAAUUAUAAAAAGAAUGAUACACAACCUCCACCACUGCCAGCACCGAUAGUGAAUAAAUCGUAUUCAACAACAAAUUUAAAUCAUCGAACAACAACAACAACAACAAAAUCAUUAUAUCCGAAAAAUAUUGUACAGAAAUUUGUUGAAAAUGUUCAACAAAAACAGUUGAAAAAACCACCACCACCGCCACCACCACAACGAAUCAAUUCAUCAUUAUCAACGGUAACGACGACAAAAACAAUGAUGAAUAGUGGACGAUUGUGCAAUAAUAAUAAUAAUAGCAAUUCUAGCAAUACGAAUCAUUGUCAAUCAUCAUCAUCGUCAUUAAUGUCCAAUAAUGCAACUACUUUAUCAUCAAAUAUUGCAACAACGACAACAAUAAUAUCACCUGCGGCCAUUUCAUCAUCAAUGAAUUGUCAGCAACAGCAACAACAACAGCAGAAUGAAACAGGUAGCCGACAACACCCUCAACAUUACCUUCAUACAACAACAAUGAAACAGCAUCAUUUUAUAGGAAAAAAUGAAAUUCCAAAUGGUGUUAGUGUGAAUAAUGAUAAUAAUAGUGCUACUUCUGUUACUACAAUAUCAUCAUCAUAUUCAGGCAAUGGAUACAUGAAUGGAACAACACCAACACCAACACCAACAACAACGACGACGACGACCACUUCAUUGGCGAGCAAUAAUAUUAAAUCAUUACAAACAUCGACAAAUAGCACCACAUUAUCAUCGUCAACAUCAUCAACAACGACAGCGACUUCAAAUAUUUUAUUAUUAAGUACACCACAGCCAUAUAUUAAACGAGCAAAAAGUGCUGAAACAUUAUCAUCAACAACAUUGAAUAAAUCAACCAAAAAUGAUGAUGACGAUGAUGUUGAUGAUGAUGAUCAAGAAUUAUUGAAUGAAAGUGAUUAUUCUAAAUCUUCAACAUUGCCAUCAUUAACAUUGAAAGAGGAUACGUCGAUAUCAUCAUCAUCAUCAUCACUGACAAUCAUUGAUCAUCCACAACAUCAUGAACAACAAGAUAAUUUCAAUCUGAAUCGGGCAAAAAGCGACAAUGAUGAUAAUGAUAAUCAACUAGUAAAACAACAAAAUAAAAAAGCUGAUGUCGAUGACGAUGACGAUGAUGACGACGACGACUUCGACAACGAUAAUAUUCAGCAACGGCAAAUAUUCAUUGAUGAUCAUGAUGAAAAACAAAUUACAACGAAUGUAGUAAAAGAUUUGGCAAUGAUUUCAUCGACAUCAUUAACAGCAGCCAUAUACAAUAAUAAUACUUGUUCUGUUUUAGCGUCAACAACUAGUUCGACUUUAAAUUUGAAUCCAGUUGUUGAUCAUAAUACUACUGCUUUACAAACAACAACAAAUUGUAGCGCUGAUCAUGAUGAUGAUGAUGAUGAUGUUAACAAACUAGUUCUUGAAGAAACUCAAACUCGACAACUUGAACAGCGACAACAACAACAACAACAAAAACAAUCAAAUAUAUCAAAUAUUGUCGAUAAUAACAAUGAUGAUGAUUGUUUACACAACAUUCAACAAAAACAACAUGUUACAAAUCCAAUUGUUGAAAAUCAUUCUGAUUUAUUGGAUAAAUGUCUGAUAACAUCAACGAUAAUCAACAAUAGUGAACAAGAAAAUAGUGAUAUUCUUGAAAAACAAAACAUACGUAUCAGAUCACCAGAACAAUCGAAAAUGGCAACAAUGAUUUCAGCAAAAACAAAGACAAUGACAACACGAUCAUCAUCAUCAUCAUCAUCAAAUGAAUUACCGAAACCGGAUACAGUAAAAACAGUUAAACGUAUAUUUGAACAUCAUAAUAAUAAUAAUAAUAAUGCUAAUCAUCAUCAUAAGUCAACAUCUAGUCUUUCAACAACAUCCGAAACAAUUAGUGAUUCUAAUCAACGAAUUAUAAAUCCAUCAAAAUCAUUAUCAUCAUCAUCAUCAUCGUCAUCAUUGAUGAAUGUACGAAAGCCAAUUAUUUUGAAUAAAUCAUCAUCUAAUAGUGUAGCCACAACAACAACAACAUCAUCACGAUCAAUUGCAAAAACAGUGACCAAAACGAAUGCCGUGACCAAACCAGCAAUAGCAACUAGACAAAAUCUUUCACAAACAUCGAAUAUUAUUGCCAAACAACGUUUACAGCAGCAACAACAACAACAACAACAACAACGUGAAUCAACAGAAUUAACAUUGAAUCGAAAUGUAAAUGGAACGAUAAUCAAUCGAUCGAAUGGUGGUGGUGGUGGUUUUGGUACCAACAACAAUGUUGUUGGAUCGAAUCGUGUAUCGACAAAUAAAAGUUUGACUACUACUACUAGUAGUAGUAGUAGUAGUAAAAAUUAUCAAGCACCUAGACCACCAUCAUCAGUAACAAAUGAUCUACAAAAAUCAAAUGGAAAAAAAUCCAAUACACCGAAACUUGUAUCUACAACUCCAACAACAGAGACAAAAACGUUAUUAUGUGAUUUAAACAAUUCAACAGCAACAAGUGAUUUAUUGUAUAAUAAUGAUAGCCAAACGAAAAAAGACAACAACAAUAGUAUGGUCAUUGAUAUAUCCGGUCUUGAAGACAAUGACGACAAUAACAACAAUAAUAAUAAUAAUGAUGAUGAUGAUGAAAACAAAAAGAUUGACAACAUUAAUGAUAAUGUCGUCAUGGCCAUUCAAAAUGAUUAUAAUCAAAAAUAUGACGAACAACAACAACAAGAAAAUAACGACAAAUCAUUUCCUGUAAAUGGUCAACAUUAUGAUGAAAAUGAUUCAGUUGAAAAUAAUAAUGAAAAAAUUGACAAUAAUAAUGUUGUUGAUUCAUUGGUUACAAAAAACGAUUCCCCAAUGAAUCCAAAAAUACAGACAAAUUCAAAAAAACCUGUGGCCAAUAUUCGCCCGUUUAAUUCUACAACAAUUGUGAAAAAUGUACAAUCAAAAGAAUCGGAAGCUAGUAAUAGUGAUGAUGACCGAAAAGAAUUAUCAUCGAUCUCUUCAAAUAAUAAAAUCAAUAGUCAUGAAUCACCAUCAUUGGUUGAUGAACCGAUAAAAACAUUGAAACCGAGCUUGUUACAACAACAUAGAAAUUCAUUGACAAAUGGCCAUAAUGAUAUUGUGAGUUUGUCAUCAUCAUCACCAUUAACAACAAAAAGUACACUGUGGUCAACAACAAAUCUAAAAUCCUCAUCAUCAACGAUUGCUACAAAUUCUACAAUUAAAUCAUCAACCAUACAGAAUGGUUGUUCAUCGAUGGUAUUUGAUUUUCGUACAACAAAAAAUGUAAAGCCAAAUAUUGCCAUACAGCCAACACCAUUCGGUGCUAAACCGAUACCGAAACGUAUUAUAAAAGAAUUGGUAAAUGGUAAUGGUAAUCGUAAUCAUAAUCAUCUGUCCACUUCAAUCAACAAUGAUGAUGAUGAUGAUACGGAUGAUGAAGAUGAUAGUAAUUAUUCAGGAAUGACUGAAAUUCCACCACCAUGUGGUAUUAAUUUUAUUGGUGAAAAUAUAAUCAUCAGUAAUGGAUCAUUGAUGGUGAAACGUAAUAAAAAUCUUUCUGUACGUUUUGAUCAUUCACGACCGCCCAUAUUCGAAUAUCCAAUGGCCGAUGAUGAUGAUGAUGAUACAGAUGAUGAUGAUGGUGAUGAACUGGAUAAAACAAAUGUUGAACCGAUAAAAAAAUCAAAUUUAGUUUCCAAUUUGGUCAAUACAUUGACUAAAUCCGAUUCAGUAGCAUCACAAUCGAUCAAUGGUGCAAACACUGUUAAUGGUGUAUUGAAAAAAUCAUUUCCAACUGGCAACAGUAAUCUUGCAUCAUAUAAACCAUCAAAAAUGUCCGGAGAAUCUACAUUCGAAUUGGGUGUAACGAAAACUGCCCAAAAUCAUUCCAAUCAAAGCCAACAACAACAACAACAAUAUAUUGAUGAUAAUGAUAAUGAUCACUGUGAUAGUAUGAGUGAUUUUGAUAGCUUAAGGCCAAUACCAAUCAAACCGGCAAGCAUUGAAGAUACGGUACCAUUUUCAAGAUCAGCAACCGCUUCUGAUUUACUGUUUUAAUAGAACCACACACAUCAACAAAACAAAACAAUUUCAUUGAUUUUAUUUAUUUCGAUGUAAUUUUUUUUAUCUGAAAAAAAUAGGCCUUUCCAUAUAACCAUUCCACAUUUAUUGUUGUUGAUCAUUGUUUUUUUUCAUUUCAUUUUUGCUUUUAUUGCAAUUUUAUUUGUCAUUUAAAAUUCCAAUUCUUUAUUGAUACAAUCGUGUAUUAAUCGAUUAAAUUUUGUAUCAUAUUGGAUCCAA